GCAUCCACUGUUCUUUGAGUUUUUAUUAUGGAUUAUGUGUAUUUAUUUCAGAGAUUCUUGAGUGCUUUGAUUGUCAGAAUGGCUUUAUGAAAGGGAAAUCUUGUCCUGCUAAUUCUUGAGAGCUUUGAAAGGAAAUCCAAACCCUAGUGGAUAGAGAGGAACCAGUAGAUGUGUUAUAUUUAGAUUUCCAGAAGAUGUUUAACAAGCUGCCUCACAAAAUGUUAAGCCAUAAGUUCAGGACCCAUGUUAUUGGAGUUGGUAUAUUGGCAUGGAUAGGGACUUGGCUCAUGGGCCAGAAACAAUAAAUGGGAUAAAGGGUUCUUUUUCAGGUUGGCAGAUGUUCCAUAGGGUUUAGCGCUGGGGCUGCAACAAUUCACAGUAUAGAUUAAUAACUUGGAGAAAGAAAAUAAAUGUUCUGUAACCAAAUUUGCAGAUGACUGAAAAAAAAAAUGGGUGGAAAGGCAGGCUGUGAAAGACAUGCCGACAGUUUAGAGAGGUUAAGUAAGUGGGGAAAAACACUGACAAUGGUGUAUAAUGUGAAAAAAUGUGAAGUUGUUUGUCUUGGAAGGAGAAACAAAAAAACAGACUAUUGUUUCAAUGCAGAGAAAAAAAACUACAGAAGGCUGCAAUACAAAGAGUAUUGGGGGUAACACAGUAUGGAGCUGGAGGAACACAGCGGGCCAGGCAGCAUCAGAGGGGCAGGGAAGCUAACCUUUUGGGCCAGGACCCUUCUUCAGAAAAUGUCUUGAUCUUGUGGUACUUGUGCAUGAAACACAGAAAGCAAGCACACAGGGUGCAACAGGUAAUCAGGAAGACCAAUGAAACGUUGGCCUUCAUUUCAAGGGGGUUGGAGUCUAAGUGAGGAAGUCUUACUGCAACUGUACAAGAUGCUGGUGAGACCACAUCCGGAGUACAGUGAGCAGUUUUAGUCCCCUUAUUUGACAAAAUAUAUCAUUAUUUGGAGGCAGUUCAAAGAAGGUUCACUUGGCUGAUCCUAGCUAUGGAGGAAGUGUAUAACGAGCAAAGGCUGAACAGGUUGGGACUCUACUCACUGGAAUUUAGAAGACUGAGAGGUGAAUUCAUUGAAACAUAAUGAAUUCUUAAGGGGCUUGACAGGGUAAAAGCUGAGAGGAUGGUUCCCCUCAUGGGAGAUUGUAGGACCAGAAGGCAGAGUCUCAGAAUAAAGGGGUACCAAUUUAAGACUGAGAUGAGGAGGAAUUUCUUCUCUCAGAGGUUUGUGAGUCUUUGGAACUCCUGCAACAGAGAGCUGUGGGAACAGAGUUCUUUAUGUAUGUUUAAGGCUGAGAUAGAUACAUAGAUAGAAUCUUGAUCAGUAGGAAAAUCAAGGGUUAUGGGGAAAUGGCAGGAAAGUGAACAUGAGAAAUGUUGGAUCAGCCAUGAUCCUACUAAAUGGCAGAGCAGACUUGAAGGGCCAAUUGGCUUACUCCUGUUUCUACUUCUUACGGUCUUCAUAGAUUAUGUUCUGAACAUGGGGGAGCAUAGUAUUUAUUACAAGUUGCUCUGCUCUGGAAUGAACAUCGAACAGAUUCAAUGAAGGCUUUCUAAAGGGAACUAAAUUAAAACUUGGCAAAAGGAAAUAAUUGUGAGGUUGUGGGAAAGAGCAAGAAAGUUGGACUAAGUAGAUAGAUUCUUUCAAAGACCAUACCCAAAUAGCACUAGGCCAAAUCAUCUGCUACAUGCUGUAUCUUUCCAAGAUUAUAUGUCAUUUCGCAAAUAUUAGUCAUAACUAUACUGAACAUUAGCUGUGUGUAUGAAAUACUUUUCGGUAUGAACUGCUUUGGAGCCAAGAACAAGUUCUGAAACUUGUCAGCUGGAUGUUUUUUUUAUUGUACUGUUUAUUUUUCCAUUCCUUUUUGCAAGUAGCUUUACCUCUUGUGUUUGGCAGAGUUUGUUGAGUGUGCUGUUGACAGAGAUCUAGGGAAAGAAAUCUUUGGUGGCUGUUGUAAGAAGACAUACUUCACCUGUGGAUUGGAAACCAUUUGCUCCUAAUCGCUAGAUGUUGGUCCCACGAAAUAUGAUUCCAGUCACCGAGUUUAAGCAGUUUACUGACCAUCAGCCUGCAUUUAGAGUGUUGAAACCAUGGUGGGACGUCUUCACUGACUACAUCGCCAUUGCCAUGUUGAUGAUUGGUGUGUUCGGAUGCACAUUACAGGUCAUGCAAGACAAGAUCAUUUGCCUCCCGAAACGCAUCUCACCCCACAAUCUUCACCCUGUUCAAAAUCAAACACUGGUCAACAUUACCUCGGGUCAGUUUGUGACACCAGCGAUGUUGCCAUUAUCACGCCCAACCUCUCGCGCUACAAUUGAAAUGAAGGGACUGAAAACUAAUCUUGACCUUCAGCAGUACAGCUUUAUCAACCAAAUGUGCUAUGAGCGUGCCCUGCAUUGGUAUGCUAAGUAUUUCCCCUAUCUCGUCCUGAUACACACACUGAUCUUCAUGCUGUGCAGCAACUUCUGGUUCAAAUUCCCUGGGUCCAGCUCGAAGAUCGAGCACUUCAUCUCAAUCCUAGGCAAGUGCUUCGACUCGCUGUGGACCACCCGCGCCCUGUCCGAGGUCUCCGGAGAAAAUCCCGAGGAGAAGGACCAUAAGAGCAGCCAGAAGAGUCACCAGGUUCGGGUGGCACCGGGAUUGCCCAACGCCGAAAGCAACCUGGUGAAAACGCAGUCCUUGCGCUCCAUUCCCGAGAAGAUAGUGGUGGAGAAGCCAACGGUCAGCGCUCUGGACAAAAAGGAAGGGGAGCAGGCAAAGGCACUGUUUGAAAAAGUCAAGAAGUUCCGACUGCACGUGGAGGAAGGGGACCUUCUGUACUCCAUGUAUGUCCGUCAGACUAUUAUUAAAGUCAUCAAGUUUGUUUUUAUCAUUGCAUAUAACAGUAUCCUGGUCUCUAAGGUCAACUUCACCGUGGAUUGCGAGGUCAACAUUCAGGAGAUGACUGGCUACUGUAAGUUUUCCUGCAAUCACACCAUGGCCCACCUGUUCUCCAAGCUGUCAAUCUGCUAUCUGUGUUUUGUCAGCGUUUAUGGCCUCACCUGCCUAUACACCCUGUACUGGCUCUUUUACCGAUCCCUUAAAGAAUAUUCCUUCGAGUAUGUCCGCCAAGAGACUGGGAUCGAUGACAUCCCAGAUGUGAAAAAUGACUUUGCUUUCAUGCUGCACCUGAUAGACCAGUACGACCCCUUAUACUCCAAGAGGUUUGCAGUCUUCCUGAGCGAGGUCAGCGAGAACAAGCUGAAGCAGCUGAACCUGAACAACGAGUGGACCCCAGAUAAGCUCCGGCAGAGGCUGCAAAUGAAUGCUCAGAACCGGCUGGAGUUGCAGCUGUUCAUGCUGUCAGGUUUGCCGGACACAGUGUUUGAGCUGACCGAGUUGCAGUCUCUCAAGCUGGAGAUCAUCAACAACGUCACCAUCCCAGCCACCAUUGUGCAGCUUGUGGACCUUCAGGAGCUCUCCCUGCACCAGUGCUCCGUCAAGAUCCACAACGCCGCCCUGGCUUUCCUGAAGGAGAACCUCAAGGUCUUGCGAGUCAAGUUCGAUGAUGCCCGCGAGCUCCCACACUGGAUGUACGGGCUGAAGAGUUUGGAAGAGUUGCAUCUUCAAGGCUCUUUGAGCCCUGACCUCUCCAAGAACAUCACACUGGAGUCCUUGAGGGAACUCAAAAGUCUCAAGGUGCUUUGCAUCAAAAGUAACCUGAGCAAAAUCCCACCCACCAUCGUUGAAACUUCCAGCCAUCUUCAAACACUGCGCAUUCAAAAUGAUGGCACCAAACUGGUGAUGCUCAACAGCUUGAAGAAAAUGGUGAACCUCACUGAGCUGGAGCUCAUCCACUGUGACCUGGAGCGAAUACCCCAUGCUGUCUUCAGCCUGAUUAAUCUUCAGGACCUGGACUUGAAGGAGAAUAAUCUGAAAUCCGUCGAGGAAAUCAUCAGCUUUCAGCAUUGCCGCAAGCUCACCUGCCUCAAGAUGUGGCACAACAGCAUAACUCACAUCCCGGAGCAUAUCAAGAAGCUGUCGAGCCUUGAGCGUCUCUACUUUAACCACAACAAGAUUGAGGUACUGCCCUCGCAUCUUUUCCUGUGCAACAAGCUGAGGUCCUUGGACCUGGGCUACAACGAUAUCCGGUUCAUUCCGCCCGAGAUAGGUGUCCUCCAAAGCCUGCAGGACUUCACCAUCACCGGCAAUAAAGUGGAGAGCCUGCCCGACGAGCUGUACUUCUGCAAGAAGCUGAAGACGCUGAGAAUUGGCAAGAACAACCUGUCCGUCCUGUCCCCGAAGAUCGGCAACUUGACGCACCUCACCGUGCUGGAGCUGAAGGGCAACCAUUUUGAGGGUCUGCCCGCAGAGCUGGGGGCAUGCCGGGCACUGAAGCGAAGUGGCCUAUUGGUGGAGGAUGCCUUGUUUGACGUGUUGCCAUCUGACAUCAGGGAACAAAUGAAGACGGAAUAG